AUGCCUGACCACCCCACCUCCAAAGAGGAGGGAGAAGAGAGAGUGCGCAACUGGUUGAGGGCUGAAAAGGAGGACGAGGACAAUACUGUCAGAGCCAUCAACUACGUACUGUCCAAGCUGCAGCAAAAGGAAACCCACAGCAAUACCUCUAGCGACGACAAAACUGCCAGUGCCACCCAAACAGACCCCAGAACCAUGGCCAACCACCCCACCGUCAAAGAGGACCUGGAGAGAGAUGGCAUGGAGAGACUGGAUAACCCGCCGAUGGCUAGACACAAGGAAGCCGGUCACGACGCGGAUAAGCUCUCCAUCGUCGCCUCCAUGAAAUGGAUCCAAGACCACCCGGAACUCUACCCCCACCUCCACGUGAAGACACCCCAUCCCACUCCCAGCGCAAGCGUCAUUCACAAACCCGCCAACGAAACCAUGAAGAGUGACAGCGACAGCAAGGAACGUCAUCAGGAAGGCCAAGCUGUCACGGAUGGCGAAAAGCCGAAUGACGAGAAGAACGCGGUUCCCAGAAACAUGGCCGACAAAACUGACAGAAAGAAGACACUGCGCGACCGGUUGAUCGCGAAAGGCCUGGAUCCCGAUGACGACCACUCCAUCGUCGCCGCCAUGAAAUGGAUCCAAGACCACCCGGAACUCUACCCCAGAGCCCACCCAAAGCCCCAUCCCACUCUCAGCGCAAGCGGCAUUCACAAACCCGCCGCCGACAAAGCCAUGAAGAAUGACAGCCACACCGAGAAACUUCACCAGGAAGGCGAUACUGUCUUGGACGGCGGCAAGCAAAUGUGGGAGAAAAUGCCGAAGUUGGUUUCCAGCACGAGAACCAAGUCCGUCCACACCAGACUGGUCCACACCACUACCACUACCAAAGUGGAGAGACGCGUCAGUUUGUCCGACCGGUUGAAGACAGGAGGCCUGCAAUCCGUGGAUGAGCUCCCCGUCGUUCACGCCCUCAAAUUGAUCCAAGCUCACCGGGAAUCCUACCCCCUCGCCGACCAGAAGACGCCCCAUUCCACUCCCAGCGAAGGCAUCGUCAUUCAAGGACUCGCCAAGAAUGCCAUGAAGAAUGACAGCGACACCGCAGACAAACGUCAGCAGCAAGGCGACGCUAUCACGCACGGCCAAAAGCAGGUGUGGGAGAAUAUGGAGAAGAUGUUUUCCGGAAACAUGCCCCUGUCCCUCCAAACCCCUACCUCCAUGGCUCCUGUAGCUUUGGCACCGCCUAUCGCACCAGUGGCACCAAUGGGAUCUAUCACGGCCACUCAGCAUAGUACUACCAAAGAGGAGGAGGAGAGACGUGCCAGAUUCCGCGAGAAGGUGAUGGCUAGAGACCUGCAGUACGGUAUCGCACCAGUGGCACCAAUGGGAUCUGUCACGGCCACUCAGCAUAGUAUUACCAAAGAGGAGGAGGAGAGACGUGCCAGAUUCCGCGACAAGGUGAUGGCUAGAGACCUGCAGUCCGAUGAGGAGCUCUCCGUCGUCACCGCUUUGAAGAGGAUCCAUGCUCACCCGGAGCUCUACCCCCGCGCCCAUCAGCACAAGUGCCAUCCUAGCAUCGGCUGCGUCGCCAGCGAGAGCGGCACUCAGAAGACCGCCGACAAGGCCAUCAACAAUGACAGCGACAUUCCCGAGACCACCGACUUGACCAUCAACAUUGAGAUUGACAACGACAUGGAGCAACACUACCAGAAGCUUGGCAGAAAGCUGUCACGGAUGGGACUCCGCAAAGUGCAUGAGAAGGCGGUUGGCGACAAGAGCGCUGGCUCGAUGAGCAUGUCGGAUUCUGCGAAGGUGAAGCCGGUGAAGUACAGAGCUACCUAG